UAUCGCCUUCUGCUCGUGGUAACUCAUUCUAAACUCGUUUAGAUAGCUUCGAAGAUGAACUCGUUGUUGAUGAUCACUGCUUGUUUGGUCCUAUUCGGAACAGUCUGGUCAAAGAAAGGUUAUCUGGUGCAUGAGGACACGGGCUGCAGAUACAAGUGCACUUUUUCGGGAGAAAAUAGUUACUGCGAUAAGGAAUGCAAGAGCCAAGGAGGUGAUUCUGGCAUUUGCCAAUCUAAGGCGUGUUAUUGCCAAGGUUUGCCCGAAGAUACAAAGACUUGGCCCCUUAUUGGUAAAUUAUGCGGCAGAAAAUAAUGGCUUCGUCUUUUUAUUGUUCACCAACAAAAAUAUUGUAACGCUUCUUAAUUGCAAUUAAAUGAAAUAAAAUGUGAUACCUUCAUCUAAAAUAUGUUUAUUAUG